AUGGAAGAACCAAUAAUAAUUGAUAAUAAUAAUAUUGAAAGUUUAAGUCAACAACAACAUAGUACAGUUACAAAUAUUGAUAGUAAUGCAGGUAAUGUAUUAUAUAUUGAUAAGGAUAUGUGGUGGAAAUUAUUGUAUACAAUGUUUAUAACAACGGGUAUUGGAUAUUUAAUGGCAAAAAGAAAUUCAACAAGUAAAUUUAGAAUUAUUAAACCCAUACCAGUGGUAAUUUUAGGAUAUAUAGUAUUAUUAUGGUGCUCAAUUCAUCAUAAGAGCGGUACCCAACAAAUGUUUAAUUUAAUUAUACCAAACAAUCCAACAACCUAUGCAAUGUAUAUCUCUGUUGGUUUGUUUUUAUCAGCGGUUGGGGAUUUCUUCCUCUUGUAUAAGAGAUUCUUCAUUCAUGGGGUUUUCUUUUUCUUGGUUGCACAUAUUAGUUUUAUAUUUGCGUUCACUUCAUCAGAACAAUUCUUUACACCAACUGUAACUGCAUUGUUGGUGGGUAUAGUUUGUUUAUUCGUUUAUAUGUAUUUGGCAAAGGUAUUCCCACUGUUUUCCAAAAUGGGUAUAUCGAAAUCAUUGGCAAUCGCUUUGUUAUUCUAUACCUCGGUAAUUGUAACAAUGUGCUUCACUGCCUCGGUCAAAUCCUUCCUCAAAUUGAUUACCAUCAUCAAUAAUAAUCAUGACAUCUUUUCAAAUAUCUUUUCUUCUUUCUCAUUUUACGCAAGUAUUGGUGCAAUUGGUGCUGUACUCUUUUUCAUCUCUGAUUUAAUGAUCUUGGUUAGAGAAAUUAAUCAAUUAGCAAAUGGUCAAGUUAGUACUAUUCGUAAACUUUUAGGUCAUGGAGAUCUUGGUAUGAUUGUUUAUUGGCUAGGUCAAUUUUGUAUUGCUUUAUCUGUAACUGAAUUUUAA